AUGCCUAAUCCCAAACUUUUGGACCUUCUCCAAUGUGCUGAAACAAACACCAGCACUGCAAAGGUAAACAUGCAGGCAGUCAAAGUUGCAGCAAAAUCCAAGGCAUCUGAAGGGCCUAAUGCUACACAAUUAGGUUGGUAUGGUCCUUGUUGGAAAGGUUUUCUCGAGGACGCCAAGGUAGAGUGUCGUGCGCAGCAAGCAUUAGACAACCCCUUCCUGAAGCUUGAGGAUCUGCUGUACACUGUCACCAAAUCUCUUUCAGUGUCCCUCGUACAAUGGCUCAAAAAUGGCAGUCAGGUUGAAGCUGAUGUGUGGCCUGCUCACAAGUCUGACAUGUCAAGGCUGUUGUAUGAUGAUUUAGCAACAUGGUGUUCCAACCUCAAAAAAAAAAGAUUGCUAUCACCAUCACACCUUCUGUGUACAGUCUUGUCCCCCCAGCCACCAUCCCCGUUCAGGAGCGCACAGCUUGGGUUCAAAAACACCGCUAUGGAUUGGCUGGAUGAUUCCUUGUUUCUUCGUGAUGGAGUAGACAAGCUGGGGAAGACCAGGAACUUUGCUCACCCUGGGCUUCGCGAGGCCACCAUACUUUUCCUCUACACCGGGUCUUAUUGUAUUGCUCGUAGGCGACCAGAGAUCUUUCGGAAGGAGAUACCAUUGACUUGCUUCGCUCUCGUCUGCACAACAUUCAAUUGCGUCUUUGAUGGCCUUGUUAAGAACAGAAACUGA